AUGCUCGAGGAUAAGGUGAUCGUUGGCGCUGCUAGCGUCUGCUCAUUGCUGGCGAUUGCCGCAUGUCUUACGAUUCUACCGUCACUUUACUAUGAAAUUAAUGCCGUACAUGAUCAGGUGCUCGACUCGGUCGCAAUGUUCCGCAUUGAAACGGACUCCGCUUGGAUUGACAUGAUGGACAUCCAGAUCUCUAUCAGUCCUCCGUCUAAACCUCGUGAAAACCCCUUCGAGUCCAUAUUCCGUCAAAAGAGGCAGAACUAUCGUGGACUUCCUUCAUGGUGUAUCUGUGAACCGAAACCACCGAAAUGUCCGCCGGGACCACCGGGACCACCCGGACAACCGGGAAUGCGGGGCAUGCCAGGAAAUCCGGGACCUCCAGGACGCGACAACACACACGUAUACGCCCCUAUCACCUGCCCACCAAUAAGCCAUGACUGCGUCAAAUGCCCAGCUGGACCACGAGGACUUCCUGGACAAUCUGGAAUGAUGGGUCGUCCAGGGCCUGACGGACGUCCAGGACAACCUGGAAUGCGCGGCAAGAACGGUCUCCAAGGCCCGUUAGGACCUCCCGGCGACAGAGGCAUGCCAGGCAAUCCUGGUCGACCGGGAAGUCCAGGAAAUCCUGGACGCGACGGACAAAAAGGAUGCGGAAAGCCAGGAGCUCCUGGACUACUAGGACGACCUGGAAGUCAAGGUCGACCGGGCGCUCGAGGAAAUCCAGGACGCGCCGGCGCUCCGGGCCAUCAAGGUCCGCAAGGCCAGCCUGGAUUCCCAGGGCCACCUGGUUCAGAUGGUCAACCAGGUAUACCUGGUUCGCCAGGACUGCCGGGACACGAUGCCGCCUACUGUCCUUGUCCUCCGAGAAGCGCCGUUUAUACUAAUCGAGUAGUAAAACGACAUUGA